AUGACUCAUACUAAGCUAACUGAACAGUCUAAUUCAGCUACUGAAACAGUUUUAAGUAUUUUAAAAGGUCUCUUGACUAGUCCGGAAACAUUUAGUGAAGAUUUAGGGUUGGUUAAAGUUGAUUCAUUUAGUAAGGAUAGUGUCUUAGUAACAGUUGUAACUCUGCCGGGUGGAGUUUAUAGUGAGUUAAAACGGGGGCUUGGUGCGGCUACGGAACGAUUAGAGGAAGUAUUAGGAGGGACUGUUUUCUUGAUUAGAGCUAGAGUUGAUAGUGGGCUUAAGAAGGGCGAGAAGUGCUUCCGAACUGGUCCUACUUAUGCUGAUUAUCAAGAAAGUGUGGCUGCUGAUUUGGCGGCUCCUUUUCAUAUUGUUGAUCGGCGGUCCUUAGUUAGAGAGGAUGGUUCUCGGGUGGAGAAGAUCAUCUUAGAUAUUAAGAGCCAAAAGGAGCAUGCUCAUCGGUUUGAGCCUAUGGCUUUGGUCUUUGAAUCGCUCUUUGCCAAGAAGGCGACUUUCCAAGCCAACUACUAUUAA